CAACUUUCACCACUCCAGAGUUUCUUCUUCGGCCCAGUUGCGAGACACUACCUUUGCUGCGAACUUGCUUGCUUCUCUCCGUCUGAUCCUGCGGCGAACUCCUCGCGAUCUCUUUCCGAAAUCGAGUUGUAAGAAUUUAGGGAUCCGAAAAGUUAGAGGGAAAUGGCAACCACAGCGUGUUUUAUGAUUGUAAGUAGAAAUGAUAUUCCUAUCUACGAAGCUGAAGUUGGCACUGCGCCCAAGAAAGAAGAUGCUGCUCAUCAGCACCAGUUUAUUUUACAUGCAGCAUUGGAUAUUGUCCAGGACCUUGCAUGGACUACUAGUGCUAUGUUCUUGAAAUCAAUUGACAGAUUCAAUGAUUUGGUGGUGUCUGUUUAUGUCACUGCUGGUCAUACGCGACUUAUGCUGCUUCAUGACUCUCGUAAUGAUGAUGGGAUCAAAAGCUUCUUCCAGGAGGUCCAUGAACUAUAUAUAAAGAUUCUUCUUAAUCCUCUCUAUUUGCCAGGAUCUCGCAUCACAUCAUCUCACUUUGAUACCAAAGUUAGAGCCCUUGCCAGGAAGUACCUAUGAAGACUUACACUACGGACCAGUGCUAAAUAAGAACUACAUGAAAUCCAAAGGUCAUUCCUCCCAGUAUUCAUUUGCUAUUGAUGACUGGUUGUGUGUUUGGAAUGAUCAUAUUUCUCAAUGUAAAAGAUUUAAGUUCACUAGUGGACCUUCUUUUCAUCAAGCUGAUGUUUCAUUAUAUUAUUUAUAUAACUGCUAGAAUAGAUGAAACACCGAGCUUAGUUACUUGUUGCUAUAUCCUAGUCCAUACAUUGGUUCCAACAUAACGCAUCUGGAUGUCAUUCUAUUCAUGCAUGUGAUGCAACUAGCUCAAAGGCUUUCGAGAACUUGUCAUUUAGUGGUCGUUUUAGCUCAGCCAAACAGAAACUCAUAUAUUGAAGAAGCGUGACUUUGUAAG